AGACGUUGCCUCAGAGUGCGCAUGCGUAGUUUGCGAGUGUUUGUCUGUGAACGCAAUGUUCGGUUUGGACUAUGAAAUCAUUAAGGCUAAUUAAUGAAAUGCCAUGACUCGAAGAACGUUUCGGAUAAUCAUCUUCUCCUUAACGUUUCUCAACAUUAUUUUCAGGUAAGUUUAAAAAAUUAUUCCAAUAAUCGAGUCUAUCGACUAAUUAAAGGUCGAAAUCGACUGUCGAUAGGCCUAUCGACUCUAAUGUACUUAUCCCUUGUAAUAAAUUCAAAGUAACGAUUCUUACCCUCGUCAUAAUCUCCUUCCGUAUUGUUUUCCAGGCACGAAGUACUAGGCCUGCAAUUGGAUAAUGUCUCAAAAACGAUAGCCCAUCUACUAGAUGGUUACGACAUUCGUUUAAGACCACAAUUCGGAGGUUGGAAGAUAUAUUGAUUUAAAUUACGGAUAAUAAACCGAACGCGCCAAGAGAAACCCGCAAAAAAUUAAUUGAAAAUCGAUACGUUUUUGUUACAUAUCUUUUUUCCCUUUGCCGUAGAAAAAGUAGGGAAUUGUAGGGAAGACUAGCAAUAAUAUCUCUUCUCGUCAAAAUUUCCCUUUUUUUUUAUACUUUUUGCUUUCAUAAUUAAUAAUUUAUAUAUAGAUUAUCCGUCUACAGUAAUUUUUAAUCGGCUUUUUUCUAAACGUAUUGAAUAAGUUAUGAAAUACGGCGUAACGGAUUAUAAGAGCGAACCGAUUUAGAAUAUUUGCUUUCCGAAUGCAGCCAAUAUUUCGUGUGGAAAGUAACAAUCUGUUUCUAUUCCGCGUUUAGGUAGCCCUUUGCAUAUUGGCAUGGAACUAUCGUUGGCAAGUUUCGAUAGCAUUUCCGAAGUGAAUAUGGACUACACCAUAACGAUUUACUUGAAUCAGUACUGGAAGGAUGACAGAUUGGCUUUCUCUAAUAAUGAUUCAGAUUGUAUGACUUUAACUGGGGAUUUCUCUGAGAAGAUUUGGGUUCCCGACACGUUUUUCGCCAACGAUAAAAAAUCUUUUCUGCACGACGUUACUGAAAAAAAUAAGAUGGUGAGGCUUCACGGGAAUGGUUCCAUAGCUUAUGGUAUGAGGUUUACGACCACUCUGGCCUGUAUGAUGGAUUUACAUUACUAUCCAUUGGAUGUUCAAAACUGCACGGUCGAAAUUGAAAGUUACGGAUAUCCUAUGCAAGAUGUUGUCAUGGUUUGGCAUAAUAAAGGAAGUAUUGAAGGCGUCGAUAAAGUAGAAAUUCCUCAAUUUACAGUCGUAAAACACCGUACAAUAUCGACCGUUGAAGAACUUAAUACUGGUACUUAUCAAAGGUUGUCGCUCAGCUUCCUGCUUCAAAGAAAUAUUGGUUAUUUCAUUUUCCAAACCUAUCUUCCGUCUAUACUCAUUGUUAUGUUGUCUUGGGUCUCCUUUUGGAUUAAUCAUGAGGCAACUAGUGCUAGGGUAGCUCUAGGUAUAACAACUGUGCUUACAAUGACUACAAUCAGUACGGGUACAAGAUCGUCCUUGCCUCGUAUUUCUUAUGUGAAGGCCAUCGACAUUUACCUAGUUAUGUGUUUCGUUUUCGUGUUUGCCGCUCUACUCGAAUAUGCAGCAGUCAAUUAUACCUAUUGGGGGGCUAGAGCUAAAAGAAAGGCAAAAAGACUUAAAGAGCAAAAACUACAAAACAACGAAAUAAAUAAUGCUGAUUACGAUCAGCAGCAGCACGAAACGAUCGAAUUGCAGCAAGUUAGAAUGUCGCCUAUACUUAGCCUGAGAAAUAGGCAAACUUUCAAUUACGAGUCAGCAGAAACUAGCCGUAUGCCUCCUUCUCUACGAAUGGCAUAUCCUAGACCCACCUUUUCAAUGAGAGGUGGACAUACUCAACUUAGGCGGCGGGGACAAAAAGAUACACAAAAGAAGAAGAAGGUAUUGAACACGUUGAAGAAACGAGCCAAGGAACUUCGACAGAAGAUGCCAAGUGUUAAGGACGUGAACAAAAUAGACAAGUACUCUAGACUGGCUUUUCCCUCACUAUUCCUCGUUUUCAACGUCUGUUACUGGUGUUUCUACUUACUACAGUAA